GAGUAACCGGCCGUCUCGAAAGCUCCUUUCGCCCGAGCCCCGAGCGCACUUUCUCCGCUCUCGCUUCCAACCGCAUUGCGUGGAUCGGCAACUCCGGACCGCUUUCUUUGGGUGCUCAACGGCCGUUGCCCGCUUUCGCCUUUCCUCCACCCGGGAGCGCACAGAGACAGCUACCUCCGCCCGGUCGCCGUCGCCGCCGACUAGGACCGGGUCCCUUCUUGUCAUCGCCAUGGGAGCCAAACUUCUUCUGGCGCUUUGCACCGUCGCUUCCCUGCUGCAUGGAGCCACCACGGCAAGACUUCCUCAAGUGCAGGACCCAAAGGUCACUGCCCCCAUGAUUCCAGAUGAUGGCACCAACCAGUUCUAUGCUACGUACGACAACCACGAGUGCAAGAAAUGUCCACCAGGAACUUUCGUCCUUAAGCCUUGUACUGUCCCCAGAACGGAAGGGACUUGUCAACCCUGUGAGAACAACACAUUUUCCAAGCUGCCGAAUUCCUUCAAAUCCUGCUUUGCUUGCAAAGUCUGCAGGAUUUUAGAUGAGGUAGAAAUAAAAAAGUGUACUGCAACCACCGAUACCAUGUGUGCUUGCAUGAAUGGUACCUUCUGCCUACCUGACCAGCCAUGUGAAACUUGCAUUAAAUGUAUGACAAGCUGUGGUCCUGGAGAAAGAAAGGUAAAGGAUUGCAUGCCUACAAGUGACAUCCAAUGUCUUCCUGAUGCUACCUCAUCACCUCCAACAAGUUCCCCUGGACCAGGAGAUCAUGGAUUGGCCUGGCUUGUGAUUCCUGUGGUUGCUGUGGUGGUGGUUCUGGGCGUGGUAUUGUAUAGGAAAAGACCCACAACCUUUAGAAAUGCUUGCACGGGUUUCUGGAGCCGCAAGAAGAGGUCCAGUCCAGAGCCAAGCGAAGAACGCGACAACAUGUUGAACAUGCAGAGGAACCAGAGAUCCGAAAUACUCUCGCCAAGGGGUAGCACUGCCAACGGACAAGCACCGGAAAGAAUGACCCCAUUAACAGUUUCCUCUCCAUCGGAGGUAGGUCGAGGACAUGCAGCAAUGAAGAAAUUAGUUCCUGUAAAUGGCAGGAACUCAACAGAAACUCUGAGUCGGUCUUUUGACAUCUUCAUCAACAAGGUGCCCCCCAAGGACUGGAAGAGGUUCAUGAGGCUCCUCAAGUUGACCGACAAUGAAAUUGACUCAGCAGAAAAAUCUUCACAAUAUGGGAAUGAGCAGCAUUAUCAAAUGCUAAGGACCUGGCUGGACAAGAACGGCCAGGCAGCCACCUUGAGUGUCCUUCUGGACGUGCUCAGUGGCAUGGACUUAAAGGGUAUUGCGGAAGAAGUCACAUCAGUUCUCAUUGCUCAACAUUUCUAUGUGUACGAAGAGUAGGUUCUUGGCUCCUUCUUGACCAUCUUGAAAAAUGAGAAGGAGUGGCUAGCUUCUUCUCACCAGGGCAUAUAUUGUUUACAUUUUAAACUAAACCAGCACUGCCUUUCCCCAAGAAAGUGUGUUUUUUUAAUUUAAAUAUUGGUAGCUAGGACUGUGCUGGACAUUAGACUCAAAAUAUGCUUUCAGAGAAGAUGUGGAUUAUGGCAGCGACAAUCGCUCCCCUGUCCUUACAGAAAUUGUGUCCUUUCACAAACUUUGCCAGGUCACCAUUUAAUCUCAGGAAAAUACACCCUGGAGUUAAGGAGGUGCCAAGCCGUUGCUUAGAUUUUGUGCUUUGGGCUCACUUGGCACUUCCUUUCUUUAUUCAACCUGGGUUUUCUAAGGAUGCACAACUUCUCUUUAAGCCCCCUCCCCCCCAAAUCAAUUUCUUUAAUUUGGCUUUUCAGAAAUUAUCAAGUAUUACUACACCAGUGUUGUUUUGGACGCUGUUCCGUUUUUUUCAGUACAAAUGAUGUUUUUUUUCCCCCCAUGAAAGUUAUUUUUGAUGGCCAAAUUGAUCUUUUUCAAUUAUCAGUAUAAAUUCUGUAUUUUUUAAAAUAAUAAUAAUUUGUCUUAGGCAAAUUUGGAUAGCCUUGGGGGGGGGUCACAUUUUUUUGAAUGUGAUGUGAACAAAAAGAGUUUAAUCAUCUUUGUACAUGUGUAUAAAGUGUUUGCUUUUAAAUCCUGCUGCUAUUCAACAACAAAAGGAACCUCCACAAAUAAGAACAAUCCUUUCACUUGAUGGGGCUAGUAUUUCCCAUUCUGUUGACACUGUGAAGUUUCUCAUACGUUUUCUGCUGAAUUGAAUUCUCCUGGGUAGAAAAUGUCAAACCUUCAACACGGAUUUCUUGUGUCUACGUCUCUGGGUGCUGCGUAUAGAGGGGAGAAAUACUCCAUCCCUUAAUUCAAUACAGCAGGGGUCCCCAGCCCAUGGCCCACGACCCACUAGUAGGCCGUGGCCUAUUUGCAACCGGGCCACAUAUGAGUGGUGUGCUGGUGUGUAAGAACCUGGAAAGGUUGAGGUACGCGGCAAUAUAGUAUAUUAUGGAGCUCUCCUUAAGAGAAUUUCUUCUGCAAAGACUGGAAACAUUUUCUCUUCUUUUUAAUUCAGGGAAAAUUAAUUCUUUCAAGAAAUGAAAUGCUAUGCCCGAAAUUAUUUUCCAUCUCCUUUGGAACAUUUCUGUAAAGAAAGGAUUGUUCUUAAUAGCACUAUGGAGGUCUCUAGGAAUCUCUUUUCGUUAGGAAAUUUGAGAAGAGAGGACAGAAGGAUUUCCAAUUACUUGUUUACAGUUUAGCAUUAAUGCGCAUUCUACAGGGCAGGAUCCAGAUCAUCAGCAAGAGAAUUAACUUUUUAAAAUAGCCUGCUAAUUUGAGUUCCUUAAAAAUAUGUGCCUGUAUUUGCUGCUGAAAGGUCAAAAUAGGGGCAUUAAAAAAAGAAAAGUGCUGA